GACAAACCCUUUUUGUGACCUUGUAGUUUGUGAUUGUUGAAUACAUAUAUUCACAUAUUUGUAUGGCGAUAUAUCAUUUCAAUUAAACUAGUCAUCCAUCUUACAAUCGUACAUAGUCUAAAUAUUUUAAUACCCUUAUGCAUGUUUACGAUAUCCGGAAUUUUGAGUGUCAUUUCCGGCAUGUGUAAUUUGAUACUGAUAGUACACAGAUUUUGCAAACUUUUGCAACUUUUGCCCAGUCAGGGAGAGACCCAUUUUGGCUGUGGUUAUUGUACACAGUAGAUACACAUGAAGCACUGAAACAACAAGAGAACCGUAAACAGUAGUUAUAUGUGGCAGUAUACUUUUCAAUAUUGAGUAUUAUUAAAAAUACAGUCACCUGCAGAUUUACUCUGAAUUUGGGGUAUAUAUGGAAUUGAUAGAAAUUUGAAAAACAGAUGUCAGCGAUGGUGCCGAAAUUAUUACAGAUUAUUGUGAUUUCAUUAGUAUUUCAAGGUAUUGUUUUGCAGAGUAUACGUCAGCCUCGAUGUGAACAAGGCAGUUGUUAUCCUGCAACAGGAGAUUUGUUAAUAGGUCGUGAGGACUCUCUGUCUUCCACAUCAACAUGUGGAUUAAACAGUCCCGAACGUUAUUGCAUAGUUAGUCAUUUAGAAGAAGAUGCUAAGUGUUUUGUGUGUGAUUCUAGAUAUGAAAGAGAGAGUCAUAAUAUAACAAACAUUGUAUGGUCUUAUGGAAAUAGGUAUACACGCUGGUGGCAAGCAGAAGCUGGAAAGCAGCAAGUCUCUAUACAGCUUGAUUUAGAAGCAGAGUUUCAUUUUACCCAUUUGAUCAUGACAUUUAAAACCUUUAGACCAAAAGCUAUGUUAAUAGAAAGAUCAUAUGAUAGAGGAAACACUUGGAGAGUCUAUAGGUAUUUUGCUGAAGAUUGUGUGGCAUCAUUUCCAGGAGUUAAAAGAUGGCCUCCUAGAACACUGGAAGAUAUAAUUUGUGAUGAUUCUUAUUCAGAUGUUGCCCCAUCUACAGAAGGAGAGGUUAUAUUCAGGGUACUCCCACCAUUCAUUCCAAUAGAAGAUCCAUACAACCCAAAAGUUCAAGACUUGCUUAAACUAACCAAUUUGAGAGUUAAUUUUACGGAUUUGCACACAUUAGGUGACACUUUGGUUGACAAUAGACUAGAAAUUAAAGAAAAGUAUUACUAUGCAAUGUAUGAAAUGAUUGUCAGAGGAAGUUGUAGCUGUUAUGGUCAUGCGUCACAAUGUGUACCUGUUGAUAAGUACAAGGGCAAAGAAAAUCAAGGCAAUAUGGUGCAUGGUAAAUGUGUGUGUACACAUAAUACACAAGGAGAUAAUUGUGAACGGUGUCUAGAUUUUUACAGUGACCUUCCAUGGAAACCAGCACAACAGAAUACACCAAAUGCCUGUCAGAAAUGUAACUGUAACAAUCAUGCAACAGAAUGUCAUUUUGACCCUUCAGUGUUUGUAUUUUCUGGUGAGAUCAGUGGUGGUGUAUGUGAUGAUUGCCAACAUAACACAACAGGCAGGAAUUGUCAGGAAUGCAAAGAAUACUUUUUUCAAGAUCCCAAUAGAGAUAUAAGAGACCCUGAGAUAUGUCAAGCUUGUGAUUGUGAUCCAGCAGGAUCUGAGAGAGAUGGACGAUGUGAUGAUCAUACAGAUCCCUAUUUUGGUUUGGAGGCUGGAAGAUGUCGUUGUAAAGCUAAAGUAGAGGGAAAACGUUGUGAUUCUUGUGUUGAUGGUUAUUGGAUGCUCAGUGAAGAUAAUCCUGAUGGUUGUCAAAUAUGUGAUUGUAAUCUGUUAGGCACUAUAGAUAAUAUGGGCUGUGAUAAACAAAAUGGUGCUUGUUUCUGUAAAAGAUUUGUCACAGGACAGAGAUGUGAUGAAUGUUAUCCUGGAUAUUGGGGAUUAAGUUCUGAUGUCAGUGGAUGUCGACCAUGUGAUUGUGAUGUAGGUGGUGCAACAUCUGAAGAGUGUGACUCUAUUAGUGGACAGUGCACCUGUAAACCAAACAUAAUUGGUAGGAAGUGUGAUCAACCACGUUCUGAAUAUUUCUUUGGCAAAUUGGACUACUUCUUGUAUGAAGCAGAGGAAGCUUUGGGUAUUGGAAAUACACGGCCAUAUAUAAGAGAGCCUAGACCAGGGCUUCAGAGUUGGACAGGCAAUGGAUUUAUGCAGAUAAUGGAAGGAGACAUCAUUGAAUUCACUGUGAAUGAUAUUGUGUUCCCCAUGUAUUAUGAUAUUGUUAUUAGAUUUGACCCAAGGAUGCCAGAAUUGUGGGAAGACAUUAACGUUGAUGUUAUACGCUCACAGACAGUUGACCAGACAGGACCAUGUGCCAAUCACAGACCUGCAGAUGACAAAAAAACUACAGUGUUACAACCUGGUAGUAGAUACUCAGUGGUCAGUCCAGCAGCUUGCUUAGAACCAGAGAGAGAAUAUAAGAUAAGAAUUAAAUUCAAUAGUUACAAGACUAACCAGGCUACCCCUGAUGCAACUACACUGAUCGAUUCUAUUGUUUUGACUCCAAACAUAGAUAGUAUUCCAAUAUUUCAUGGUAUUGGUUAUCCAGAAUACAUGAAAAAUGAAUUUAUUCGUUACCGAUGUCGUGAAUCUCAAUUGUCAGUCUACCAACCAGAACUCCAGGACUUCUGUAGACAGCUUACUUUCAGUAUUUCUUCCAUUAUUCACCAGAAAGCUCUUGAGUGUCAAUGUGAUCCAAUGGGAUCUUUAAGUAGUGAAUGUGAAUAUGCUGGUGGUCAGUGUAGAUGUAAACCUAAUGUUGUUGGUCGCAGAUGUAACAAGUGUGCUCCUGGUACAUAUGAUUUUGGACCAGAUGGAUGCAAACCUUGCAACUGUCAUGAAUAUGGUGCUGUAGAUAAAUUCUGUGAUGCCAGGACUGGACAGUGUAAUUGUAUAAGUUAUGUUGGAAACAAGAUAUGUGACCAAUGUCAGGCUGGAUAUUGGGGAUUCCCUCGCUGUAGACCAUGCCAAUGUAAUGGGAAUGCAGAUACGUGUGAUGAUUUAACUGGCCGAUGUGAUAAUUGUAAUGACUUCACUGCUGGUGACCAGUGUGAUAAGUGUUUGGAUGGAUACUAUGGUGAUCCUCGUAUAAAUUACCGCAUACCCUGCAGACCUUGUUUAUGUCCUGGAGGACCAACUAAUGAUGUACAGCAUGCUGAUUCCUGUUAUGAAGAUCCAAGACAGCAGUCAGUAGUCUGUAACUGUUAUCCAGGUUUCAAAGGACCAAACUGUGAUACUUGUACAGACAACUACUUUGGAAAUCCAAAGGAUGUGAAUGGUACAUGUGAACCGUGUAUCUGUAAUAAUAAUAUAGAUCCAAACAUUGGUGGAAGUUGUGACACCUCAUCAGGGGAAUGUCUCAAGUGCAUGUUUAAUACUGAAGGAUUCAACUGUGAGCAGUGUAGUCCUGGUUACUAUGGUGAUGCAACAACCCAGAAUUGUAAACAAUGUAUUUGUGAUCCCUAUGGAACAGACCCAACUGGUGGAGACUGUGAUAGAGUCACAGGACAAUGUCCCUGUCUUCCAAAUGUUAUUGGACAACAAUGUGACUCCUGUGCUGCUGGUUUCUGGAAUAUAACAAGUCAAGUGGGUUGCUCUUCAUGUGGCUGUGAUAUGCCUGGAUCUACUAGAGUAGAAUGCAAUCAGUUUGAUGGUCAAUGUGAUUGUGUACAGGGAAGAGGAGGAAGAGAUUGUGCCUCUUGUGAAGAUAAUUACUGGGGAGAUCCUACUGUGCAGUGUUAUCCAUGUGACUGUAACUACCAAGGCUCUGCUCAGACUCAGUGUGACAGAAGGUCAGGUCAAUGUGUAUGUCUGACAGGAAUCAGUGGUUACAAAUGUGAUCGUUGUGAUAGAGGUACCACAGGAGUACUCCCCAACUGUAAGCCUUGUGGAGAUUGUUUCAACAACUGGGACAGAGUGAUCAGAGACUUGUCAGCCCAAACAACAGACUUGAUCAAAAGAGCAGUAGACAUUAAAGCAACAGGUGUAGAAAGUGCCUUUAAUAAAGAAUUUCAGCAAAUGGAGGAAAAUUUGGAUGAAAUAAGACAGAUUGUCAGAAAUGCCAACAUUUCUUCAGAAGAUAUCAGAGAUUUAGAUAGUAUGCUAAAAUCUCUCAGGCAGCUUUUAUCAGAUGAGUUUAGAAGAUUGAAUAAUACAGAAAGUCAGUUCAAUGCAAGAAUGGAUGAUAUAAGAAAAGGAAAUAAUGAUAUUUUAUCACUCAAACAAAGAGUGGAGGAAUUAAAAAAAAAGGCUGAUGAUUUGAGAAGAAAUGCAACAGACAUUCAGGCCAGAGAUGUAGAAGGUGCCUUCAACAUAACAAAGGAGGCACAGCAAAAGUCGAGAAUGGCCCAAUCUAAAGUUGAUGGAACCCAGGGAAUGCUGAAUGAGUCUAUGAAAACAAGAGCUGAAGUGGAAAAAAUGCUGGAAGAAAAACGUAAUGCAUUUAAUCAGAAAAUACAGGAAAACGAAGCUGAAUUAAAUGAAAUAGAUGACAAAGUUUCAAGUCUUGGUAGUAGAAUAGCUGAUCUAAAUGAAAUGGUUUGUGAUGGAAGAGGAGAUCCUUGUGAUAGUGUCUGUGGAGGUGGGGGAUGUGGCAAGUGUGGAGGAAUCAGUUGUGAUGGAGGGGCUCUUACCAAAGCUGACAAUGCCAUUGAUCGGGCCAACCAAGCUAAACUGUUAUUAGACAUUAAAGAAGUAGAUGCCAAUACAAUGCUUACAGAGAUACAGCAAGCACAACAAGAAGCAGAAGAAGCUAAAGAUCAAGCCCAGAUGGCUUACAAUGAAGCUAUGAAAGCUAAAAAUCAAACUGAAAAAGCUAAACUCAUGUUGCAGAAUGUUCUUUCUGAUGUACAAGACUUCUUGGGAUUAGGUAGAGCAACACCAGAUGAUGUUAAAGAGAUAACUGAAGAGGUACUUGGUAUGAGUAUAUCACUGACUCCAGACCAAAUCAUUGAGUUGGCACAGAAAAUAAAUGAAACCAUUUGGGGUUUACAGAAUAUUGAUUCCAUUCUCAAUGCCACAAGAGAUGAUUUAGAUAAGGCACAGAAGCUGAAGGAGAGGGCAGAAAAUGCAAAGGGUGAUGCAAAUACUAUCCUAGGAAAAGCCCAGGAUGUUCUUGACAACUUGAAGGGAGCUACAUCUGCCCAGGAGUUAGCUACAGUUGCCAUUAAUAAGGCUGACGCAGACAUAACCAAUGCUGAAGCAGACCUCACACAGAUUGAAUCAGAGACAUCUGCUGCAAGUGAAAAAUCCGAUACGUCACUGAAAGCAAUAGAACUGUUGAAAAUAAGACUGGAAGCUUUACGAAAAAAAUACAUUGAAAAUGACAUCAAAGUAAAACAAGCUGAAGACGCUGCACAACGAGCUAGUGAGACUGCUAUGAUAGCUGAAACGAGAGCUACUGAACUUGAAAUGGACUACAGUCCAACUGCAUCACAGCUAGAUUCUCGUUAUAAUCUUACCAAGGCAGCCAGAGCUAAGGCACAAGAUCUAAAGGAUAGAGCUGACAGAUUAGCAGGGGAGACAACAAAUAAAUUAGACAAACUCAGAAAAAUGCAAGAAGAUUUCAACAAAAAUGAAAUGACUUUAAAUCAAUUAGCAGAUAACAUAGAUGAAUUAAACAGAAAUAUGACAAUUUAUCUGCAAGUUAUAACAAAGAAAUCCAGGGAGUAUUAUAAAUGUAAAACAUAGUUGCCAUACAUAUUUAGUGGUAAUAAAGUUUUAAAAGGGCUGUAACCAAUUGACAGAUCUGCAUAUUUGUUUUACAAUUAUGAUAACUUAUUGCAUGUACCAUUGUAUUUAAAGCUUUCCUGAUAUUAUAUACAAAUGUAGGUUAGAUAUACAUGUGAAUUAGAUUUAUAUCUAUCCAGGUUGUAUUUCAUGGUUAUUAAUCUCGUGUAUAUUAGAUUCAUAUACUCAUUAUUAUACAAAUGUGCCAAUAUUUUCUCAAACUGUGUUACAUGAUUAUAUUUCAGUAAAAUCAUUGAACAAUAUUUAUAAUAUGGUGCUGACAUUAUUGUUUUUGUUUUCAUUUUUCAGAGUUUUAGACUCUGAUAUUUUUGUGAUAAUAUUUGUUUUACGUCCACAAAACCCCAUAAAACUAUUCCUGGUCACAGUGCAAAGAAUAGAAAUACUGCUUUUGUUUACUUUUAAUGAAAAGGACUGAAAAGAGAUCACAAAAUAACUAGAAAUUAAAUUAGAUCUUGACAUUAUUCCUCUGAAAAUUAAAGAAGGUCACAAAUAAUCAGUGAAAAUUCUGUCAUGGUAUUGUAACACCUUUUUAGCAGAUUUAUUUUUGAAAAAGCUUAUUCAAAACUGACAAAAUUUCAUAAGUUUCUUUAUUAAUGAUGUUAUAAUAAUGUCAUACAUAUGCACUCCCACACUGAAGAGAAUGUAUUUUGUAAUCACUAUGGAGCUUUCCCUCAAUUGUAACUGUGACCAAAAUGUUUUUUUGGUGAGAAUUCGUACCCUUACCUAUAUACACCAAUACAGUACACAUUUGGUAUGGUUAGAAAGUGUGACUUAUGUUCCCAGAUUCUUACAGUUUUUCCCGCCUUGUGCUUUUAUAGAAAACCUUAGUCUUGUGUGUUGCCUCAUCAAUAAUGUAUAUAAUUUAAGGGAGCCCUAUUGGGACAACUACCAGAAUCAAAACUUUUGUUUUAAUUUUGGUCAUAAAUUUUAUGCCCUUUCUGUUUUAUUUUGAAUUCCAUUUACAGUGCCAUUGUCAAUUAUUGAUCUAUUACUUGGCGUCCAUUAUUUUUUUUAAACUAUGACAACAAGAAAAAAAUUGCAGGAUUGAUGUUUUGAUGAUAUUUCUUUGGUAACCAAAUUUCUUAAUCUGUUACUGAACCAAACUUGGCCACAGUCAAAGAAAACAUAAUUUCCAACUACACAUUUUGUUGUUACACAACCUAUUAGUAUCAAAUGUUGGAUGUUUUUUAUUCUUUUGUAGUCCUCAUUAUUGAAUUAUCAUAAAAGCCUGAAUGUAACACAUAUGCUGUAUGAAUGUUUAUGGUUCCUUGAGACCUCUAGUUGUGAUUUUAUUGUAUUUCUUUAUUAAUGACCAUUUAGGUAUAUAUAUACAUGUAAAUAUUUUUAUGUAGAGAUGCUUUUAUUAAAGUCAUAUGUAUUUACAUUUAUGUGGAUUUGUAAUAGUUCUGUGUUGUUUUUAUAUGUCCGUUGGAAUUUUAGAUUUUUGUUGUAAAAGUUUCUGUCUUCAUGUGUAUUUCGGUCAAAAAAAUUUCGGUCAAAAAUUUAUAAUUCAUAUCAAUCAAUCCUAACAGUAUAAUAUAGAAGAGUUUCAUUAAAUUUUUUUAACAAAGGUUGUAAAAAAUUUAUCUUAUUUGAAUACUAUUGCUUAUUUAGUUUAUUUUUAAAGGUUGCAAUUUUAUUUAAGCAUACAAUAUUUUUGAUAUUUAUACUACAAUUAAUGUAAUUUAUAAUCAUUUUAUAUUAUAAUCAACAAGUUAAAACUAAGAAAUCCAGAUAACUUAAAUUCAAAUCUAAAUAACAAUAUUUUAUGUUCACUUUUGGUGGGAAAUACAAAUUUCCAGACUAGAUUGAAAGUUGUCAAUUAUGAUUGUUAUCUCGUUGAGUUGUUACUAUGGUGAUGACCCUCUCAAGUGCAGAUGAUUAUUUUAGGCAGAUUUUAUAACAAAUUAUUUUUAGAACUGACAUAAAAAAUAGAUAGCCAAAAAAACAAACUGUGUCAAGUCUAUAUAUUUUCUAUUUUUGUCCUGUUUUGCUAUUAAAUUUUAUUCUCUCAAUUUGAAAAAGCCUCAAACUACAAUGCACAAAUAAUAUGUAUUGUGUGAUUUUAACAAUCAGUCCAGUAAUCACAUCAAAAUGCAGUUUUAUCAUAGCAUUAAAUCCUUCCUUGUUCCAUUUCCUGAUCUUGCAACUGGAAAAGAUAUGAAAUUUGGGUUUUAUCUGCAAAAAAAAAUGCAACUCAUGUUUUUCCAUUGGUGAAUCUAAACCAGAUGCAGUUUUACUGUCAGAUUCUAAUUGACAGUUCCAUUUUUUAAUAAAAAUUUACCUAGUUGUUUUUUUUACACAUUAAAUUGAUUUUUAUACCAAGACUACACAUGCAUUUUUAUAUGAACCGUUUUUUAAAUAAAAAGAGCUUCAAUCAAAAUACCCCCCUCCUUGACUUAUUAAAAUUAACUUGUAUAAACAAGAUUUGAAUACUUUUAAAUUCUGUUUGUCGAUUAAUAUGGUACUGCUUCUUGACAAUCAUGUGUGUUAUUUAAUUUAAUAAAUGCCUUCUACCAGAAUAACAAAGCUACAAACCUAAUAUUAGUCAAUGCUUGCUCAUUUGGAGUAUAAAUAUAUUGCAUGAUCUUGGAAGUUUAAUGUUUUGAAAUAUUUUGAAAUAUUUUUGAAUCUUUGAAUUCACUGAGUGUAUAUUAAAUUAAGCUAGACUAAAGAGAGAAUAAAACGAAUACCAUAUGUGCCUUUGUAAUUUGCUAUUGUUAAAUUUUAAUAAGAUUCAUUGUUGUUUUUUUGUAUACCAUUUUAAAAAAUUAGUUAUAAAACCAAAGAUUGUUAUGUAAGUGUUUUAUUGACUUUGAUAUAUUUACAAGAAAAAUUUUAGUAAGUGAACAAAGUAAAUAGCGAGUUUUAUGUAAUUUUAUAGCAGUUUUUGAAGUAGAAAUCAAAUCUUUCAUUUUAAGAAAUAAUAAACCCUAUGCAAAUUCC